CUAGUGGGUCUAGAUGACCCAACUCCCAAUGUUAAAAUGCCUAGGAUAGCACAAGGGGUAAAGGGUUUGUAAUGGUGGCUUGAUCAAUUUGUGCUGCCAUCACAUGUGUGUUAUCUGUUGUAAUGGCCCUUGAUUGUUUUUAUGUUAUAGUAUUAAAAAAACCUACUGUGCCUCAAUCCAAAUGGUAUUUUCCAAAAUGUAUAGAAUCUUAGAAUUUUAUUUUGAAACGAUUUUACAAUGGUUUGGGUCUAUUCGAUUGACAACUUGCCUCAGACGGAUUGAUCAGGAUCUUUAUUAAUGGGAAACAUGCUCUAAGUGGGACAAAUGUUUUGCACAAAAAAAUAAAAAAAUAACAAAAAAAAAGAAUCAUCAACAAAUAAAAGACACUAAGAAGGUGAAUUUUGAUUAGCAGGAUAUAAAUGUUAUGUUUAGAGCCGUCAGUCCUGAUACUGAAACAAAAGCUCUACACCUGUUGUCAUGUCAUCUUACCAAGGCAGAUUCCGAAUUCUUCUGUCAGUCUGGGUAAAUAUACCAGUAUAUUUGCGGCCUCUUGGUGUCCUUCCUCCCGCACGGGCGUGCGUGCGUGCGUGCGUGUACUUGCUCUCCGCUUAACCUCGGAACAUCAUCUCUCUCUCUUUCUCUCUCUACCUGAGUGACUGUGAUCCGCUCCGACGCUAUGCGUAGAAGCGCGUCUGUUCCUGCAAGGCGAGCACCAGCGGAGAGACCAGCCCGCCGCUGCUGCUGCUGCUGACCGACGGCGCGCCACGGAGCAACCCAACCCGGCGCACGAGUCCCUCCAAGGCCGGGGAAAGCUGGCGCCGCUGAGGAACGACCGGCGCAGGAGAAGCUAGUGAGACUCCGCGUCACAGCCCCGAUGCCGCACUGAUAUGCACAAUGUGGGGCCAACAGUCUGGGCUGUAAUCAUCAUCAUCAUCGGGAUUUACUGAAUAGGUUGCAUCACGACUAAUACAGAUGCUGACUGACAUGGAUAAGUUGGCAUAAGGACAUGUGGUGUCCUGGAAACCUGCUGUCCUUUUCAUCAUCCUCUCUAGUUUACAACGUUUUGGCCACUCAACACUUUUCCUCCUUCUCCUUCUUUCUCCAUUUCAGCUCUAUUCCUUUAUAACUCUUCAGACUGCUUUAUUACACUGCUGUCCCCUCAUUUUCCUUCCUCCCAUCUUGCUGAUCAUCCUCCUUACUGGAGCUUUGGUUUGUAAGCUCAUCAUGGCAUUCAAGCUGAACCCGAAUGUCCUGUAUGUGGCUGGUCCUGGCGAGGGACUGACUUCACCCCAAUCAGAUUCUGAGCGGACUCAUAUUACAGGAGAAGGAGGGGAAGAGUCAUCAGACAGUGAUGGAGAACAAGAAGAGACGUCCCACAAGUUGAUACGCAAAGUUUCGACCUCAGGACAGAUCAGGGCAAAGAAAAGUGUGAAGGAGGGGAUCCUUUUAAAGCAGACCAGCUCCUUCCAGAGAUGGAAAAGGAGGUAUUUCAAGCUCAGAGGGAGGACGCUCUACUAUGCCAAAGACUGCAAGUCCCUGAUUUUUGAUGAAGUGGACUUAUCGGAUGCAAGUGUGGCAGAGACCAGCACCAAAAACAUCAACAACAGCUUUACUGUGAUUACACCAUUUCGUAAAUUAAUGUUGUGCGCAGAGAGCAGGAAGGAAAUGGAGGAUUGGAUCACCGCUCUCAAAUCCGUACAAAAAUGGGAAACCUAUGAGGCCAGUCAGUUCAACAUGGAACAUUUUUCUGGGAUGCACAACUGGUACGCCUGUUCGCACGCCAGACCAACCUUUUGCAACGUCUGCAGGGAAGCCCUGCCAGGCGUCACCUCCCACGGCCUGUCCUGUGAAGUUUGUAAAUUCAAAGCUCAUAAGCGCUGUGCUGUUCGCUCCACCAACAACUGUAAAUGGACUACACUGGCUUCCAUAGGGAAUGAUAUCAUUGAGGAUGAUGAUGGGGUGUCCAUGCCGCACCAGUGGCUGGAAGGAAACUUACCCGUCAGUGCCAAAUGUAUGGUGUGCGACAAGAACUGUGGCAGUGUGCGGCGGCUGCAGGACUGGCGCUGCCUCUGGUGCAAAGCCAUUGUCCACAACGGCUGUAAAGAACAAAUGGGGAAGGUUUGCCCUUUGGGUCAAUGUCGAGUCUCAAUCAUCCCCCCCACUGCACUUAACAGCAUUGAUUCAGAUGGCUUCUGGAAGGCCACCUCUGCUUCAUGCUCCAGCCCUCUAUUGGUUCUUGUCAACUCCAAAAGUGGGGACAACCAGGGAGUCAAGUUCCUUCGAAAGUUCAAACAGCUUCUCAACCCAGCUCAGGUCUUUGACCUGAUGAAUGGAGGUCCAGAGCUGGGCCUGCGGCUCUUCCAGAAGUUUGUGACAUUCCGUAUUCUAGUGUGCGGAGGAGAUGGCAGCGUGGGCUGGGUGCUCUCAGAGCUGGAUAAACUCAACCUCCAUAAACAGUGUCAACUCGGCGUGUUGCCCUUGGGCACGGGUAAUGAUCUGGCUCGUGUUCUUGGCUGGGGAGGCCUCUGUGAUGACGACGCUCAGCUGUUGCAGAUUCUGGAAAAGCUGGAGAGAGCCACCACCAAAAUGUUAGACCGAUGGAGUAUUAUGACCUAUGAGUUGCCCACCACUAACAAAGACUCCCCGAUAGUGAAGGAAGACGAUGGCCUUGACUCACCUCCACAGGUUCACAUCACUCAGUAUGCAGACUCCGUGGCCUCCCAUCUUGCAAAGAUCCUGGACUCGGACAAACAUAGCGACGUCAUAUCCUCUGCCAAGUUUCUGUGUGGGACGGUGAAUGACUUUGUGGCGGAGGUGGGGAAGGCGUAUGAGAGAGCCACAGAGAAUAAGGAGGAGGCAGAUGCCAUGGCAAAGAAGUGUGCACUGUUGAACGAGAAACUUGAUUCCCUGGUCAAAGCCUUAAGCGAGGAAGCCGAAGCACAGGUGGUGCCAGCAGGUUCAGUUCCCAGCCAGGAGGGUGGUGGUUCAAGUGCCAAUGACUGUGGGGCUGAGUCAGACUCAGAAGAAAAAACAUAUCGAUCUAAAGAGCAGCUGAUGCUCAGGGCAAACAGCCUAAAGAAAGCUUUGAAACAGAUCAUCGAGCAGGCUGAGAAAGUGGUGGAUGAACAGAACAGACACACGCAGGUCCAGAGAAUGCCGUCCUCAUCCUCCAUCAAGAGAGAGAACAGCGACGAGCUGAAGGAGGCAGAUUCAUGUCCUGGAGGUAUGAGUCCAACGUCCCCUAUUGUGCUGGAAAAGUCUGAAUGCAUCAGCACUGUCACCUUCAGCGAGGAUUCUGUACACUGCACAGAGAAGUGUGUGAUGAAUAACUACUUUGGCAUCGGCCUGGAUGCCAAAAUUUCCUUGGAGUUCAACAACAAAAGAGAUGAGCACCCAAAGAAAUGCAGUAGUCGCACUAAGAAUAUGAUGUGGUAUGGAGUCCUGGGGACCAAAGAACUUGUUCAGAAGACUUACAAAAAUCUGGAGCAAAGAGUUCAGCUGGAGUGUGACGGGAUUCCCAUGUCUCUGCCGAGUCUGCAGGGCUUGGCUGUUCUCAACAUUCCCAGUUAUGCAGGGGGAAUUAAUUUCUGGGGAGGCACCAAGGAGGAUAAUAACUUUGGAGCACCAUCAUUUGAUGAUAAGAAGCUGGAGGUGGUGGCGGUGUUCGGGAGCAUGCAGAUGGCGAUGUCCAGAGUCAUUAACCUGCAGCACCAUCGCAUUGCACAGUGUCGUCAAGUGAAGAUCACCAUCCUGGGAGAGGAGGGUGUUCCUGUUCAAGUGGAUGGAGAGGCCUGGAUCCAACCUCCUGGUGUUGUCGAGAUCAUUCACAAAAACCGUGCUCAGAUGCUGACUAGAGACCGGGCGUUUGAGAGCACGCUGAAGUCGUGGGAGGACAAGAGAAAGAUUGACAGCUACCGGGCAGCAAGACCGCGCCUAAACUCCCAGCAGUCCAUGGAGUACCUUACCGAGGAAGAGUGUGCUCAGGUGCAGCAGCUUGGCAUCAUCGCCGACACACUCAUUAACAAAAUCCGCGAUUCAGCCAAAACUCACAAGCUGGUGGAGCAGGAACUUGCUCAUGCUGUCAAUGCCACAGCUCUGGUGCUAACAGAGGCCAAGCUAUCAAGUCCUGAGUGCCUGAGUCGGAGCACUGCCGUGGAAAUAGUCAACAGCAGUAAAGUCCUUCAGGCUGAGACCAGGAUGCUCCUCGAUGGAGAACUACUGGCGGAUUCUCCAGAGGAAGAAGAGCUUCGCUCCACUCUGAAUAGCCUCAGUGCCGAGCUCCACAAGUUGGAUGACAUCCAUUGGAUCUGUCCGCUCAUGCAGUGCUCGGAAGAGGAAUCUGUGAGGAGCAGUAAGAGCAGCAGUAGUAUGAAGCUAAAGAUCAUACCCAAAGUAAAGAAGGAGAAAGAGAAGCUGCACAAGCAGAAGUCUAACAGUUCUUUAUCAGGAUUGUGGGAUAUGAAAGGCGUAGCUGCUGAAGCAGAUUCCUCAGUCAACUGAAGUCCUGAGAUGUCUUCUUUUUCUUUUUGCUCCAACAUCCAGGGAGGAAGGAGCACUGCUUCUGUUCUCCUUUCACUUGGCCAUGUGGAUUUGCUAAAAAGGAGUGAACAUUUUCCCAAUUUUUUCCUGUUUUAGUUUUUUGUUAUCCAUUUUUGCAGAUGUGCCAGAGAAGGCUUUUUUCUGAUUCUUGAAUAGUUUUUUCAAGGUGUCUGUCAUUGCUUUGCAUUCCUCCACUGCUGGAACCCUGUUCUUUUGGGUGUGGCAGACAACGCAGGCAGGCGUUGAGAAAAGAAAAACAAAAACAUUUAUGUGGUGCUCUCCUUGCAUGCCAUGGCAGCCAUUUUCUUUGUUCUGUCUGAAUUUCUUACAGUCUUUGGAUUAUGGUUUCUCCUGAACUUCUGCAUAGCCUUUGGACUGCAUAUAUCGCUUACGUUGCUUCUAACAGAAUCUUCGUCUGCAACAAAUCAACAAAAUGAACAAAUUGAGGAGGUCAUUGUCUAUUCAACUGCAGAAUAUCGUAAAUGUUGCAAAAAAUAUAUACAGAGGAAUGUACUUGUGUGGACUUGUAUUAACCUGUGAAUACCAAUCAUGUUCCAUAUGAUUUUACAAUGCUUUAUUGUUGUGAUCCUAAAGUGGUUCUUAUUCAGCUGUGGUGACUUGUGUUGGUUAGAUGCUUUGCAGCAGUGCUGCAAACAUGAUGGCAAGUGCCAGAAAUCCUCUUAUCAAGAAUUGACCCCCUCCCCUGUCAUCUCUUGAAAUGAUCUGCCUCCAAUACUUAAGCAAACAUCAUACAGUUUAAAAAUGUGACUUAUUUGGGAGUUAAAACUCUUCUCUCUGUGCAUUUCUCUUUUGGAAUCGUGACUUAUUUUACAGUACAGUAUCAGAUUAAAUGUCUGAUUUAUUUUUGCAGUGUCUAGAUGUAUUCAAAAGGAGGAAGCAUCAAAGAGUAAUUUAAAAAAAAUACAGCUUUCAAGUGUAUUAUUUUUACUACUAUGAUUGUAAUUUACAAGUUACUAUAUAAUUGACUUUUGCCUUGUCUGUGGUUCAAAUUAACUAUUUCAAAAAUAGAAAUAAAUAUAUAUUUUGUAUGCCUUAUUUUUCUGAUGGCA